CACGUCUCGAAUUCUCUCUCAGCAGACCUUCCAUGAUGGCCUCAUUCGCGGACUACAAAGAGCAGCGCACGCAGCUUAUUGCUCAAGAUCGCGCAUUGCGGGUUGAUCAUGUUCGUGCUGGAAGCUUUACUGAUGUGGAGGUCAAAGCAGACCGUGUUGUACGCGCCAUACGCGCACGCGAGGCUGAAACAAUCUGGAGCAAGGAACACGAUGGCGUUCCAAAGGCCUUUCCGGGCAUGGAUUUCCUUACCGGAAAGAGUGUGAUUGUAAAGACAGAACUCUAUGAAAUUCUGAGACAGAUGCCCAAGGGCGCGCUGCUACAUGUGCACCAAAACGCCACAGUGGACGCGAAGUUCCUGUUACAUCUUGCAUUACAGCAUCGCGCCAUUCACAUACGCGUUCCCUGCGUUGUCAACGCGAGUUCUAUCAAGACCGCCACACCAGAGUUCAAGCCUCUUCCUGUGGAAGAGUACUCAGGAGGACCGGGCAUCACAGACGAUCUCUAUACCCCAAACACCUGGGUUUCUAUCCAAACGGCGCGAAAGAUGUUCGAUCCUACCCUUGGUGGACCUGAGGGAUUCGACAAGUGGCUCAUUGAUAUAUUCACCAUCAACCCAGGGGAGGCAUAUGAGACGUACAGAACUGCUGAUUUAAUAUGGAAGAAGUUUGGGUCCACCUUCAUGAUUACGGAUCCGAUUAUCAGGUUCAUUCCCAUACUCACGGAGUACCUGCGCGAAUUCAUUAGGUCUUCCAUACGGGAUGGUAUUUCUUAUAUUGAAGUGCGAACAGCCUUCGUCAUUCGAUAUAUCCUCGGGGAAGAUGCGAAGACCCAUCUAGAGCUUAAGGAAUUACUUCGCAUCUUUGAGCGAUUAAUCAAGGAAACCAAAGCUGAGCUAGCAGCCCAAGGUCGUGACGACGAGUUUACAGGGCUGAAGGUCAUCUACAACAUGAUGAGAUCAAUCUCCAAGGAAGAAAUGAUAGAUGCCACCGAGGAAUGCAUUUCUUUGAAGAAAGAGUUUCCCGAUCUUAUUGCUGGCUUUGAUCUCGUUGGCUUUGAGGAUUUGGGCACUAGCUUGCUUGAACACGCAGAAGUGUUAUUACGGUUUGUCGAUCGUCAACGAGAUGCUGGCGUUGAUGUACCCUUCCUCUUCCAUGCUGGAGAGACUCUUGGCGAUGGCACCAAGGCUGACAUGAACCUUUACGACGCAAUAUUGCUGAACACUAAGCGGAUUGGGCACGGAUUCUCAUUGGCCAAACAUCCGAAACUUAUGGAGAUAUGCAGAGAACGGCAGAUUGCCAUCGAGGUCUGCCCUAUUUCAAAUGAAAUACUGCGCUUGACGGGGUCAAUGCCAAUGCAUCCUCUACCAAUCCUGAUUAACAAUGGUAUUCCUGUGGUGUUGUGCUCGGAUGAUCCCGCGCCUUUCAACAGCAUGGGUCUCUCCUUUGAUUUUUUCCAGGUUUUAAUGGCAAGCGAGGUGACUGGUUUACUCACAUUGGGACAGAUGGCAAGAGACAGCAUCACGUUCUCAAUGCUGUCCGAUCACGAAAAAGAGAUGGCUAUGGCCGCAUGGGAAAAGCGAUGGACCAGCUUUAUCAAGAUAGUGGCUGGGAUGGAAGCACCCCGGAACCAAGUUGGGAACUGGAAAUAGCAUGGCUUUCAUCAAGUACUGCUCGCCAUGUUCGGGUCAAACUCUGGGGAUGUGGUCCUAUGUGGCCAUGUGUGUCCUCUGUCUGGGGAGUUUAGGGGUGGCGGAGGUUGUAAAGUGGCUGUGGUGUUGCCUUCUGUUUGCACAUACGCCCAGCCAGUAGACGCCCCGCGUAAAUAUACCUCUUUACUUGUCGUCGUCGACUACAAAACGUGCUGUACACCGUUUCAAUCGCUGCCCUUGACCUCUUUGUCGACAGACCGUCUCUGGCUCUCUAGCUUCGUAUUUGAACGACACACUAGGCUGACCUAUCGUCCGUCCGCAUCUUAUCCCAGUCACACAUAAUACCCUAUCAAGCCAUUCCCAGACCGUAUUCUGACCACAGGACUUUGAACUGAAAUUGGACAUGGCAGAAGCUGAUCAGACCCGCAAGCGUUCCAGGUC